AUGUUCAUUAUUAUCUCUUUUGACAAAAAUUCCAACAGAUUUGCAUUUUUUGACACAAUUUCUCAUCCUAUUGUUUUUCUUCUGUCUUUAUUCUCUUCCUCUUUCCCUCUUUAUUUUUCAUUAAUUUUCAUUCAUUUUUAUUCAUUCUUCUUCUUCGUUUUUAUCCUCAUUUAUUCUCUCCUUCUCUUUUAUUCUUUUCCUUUGACUCAUUCUUUUCUUAUUUCUUUUCAUAAUUUUUUGCCUUUCAUUUUUUUUAUAUUUUUCUCUCCCUUUCAUUUCCCAUAUACUCAUUCUUUUCUUUCUUUCAUUCAAUCUUUUUCUUUUUCUUUCUUUGGCACCUCUAGAAUAUGCUUUCCUUUUUCUUUAUAUCUUUCUUUCUUUCAAUCUUUUUCUUUUAAUCUUUUCUUCUUUUCCUUUCUUUCUUUUUCUCUUCUUGCAUACUAUACACCUUUGUUUUUCUUUCUUUCAUUCAAUCUUUUUCUUUAUUUUUUUCUUCUAGCAUAUGCUUUACUUUUUCUUUUUUCAUUCAAUCUUCUUUUUUCUGUUCUCUCUUUUCUUUCAUUCAGACUUUUUCUCUGUUUAUCACUUCUAGCAUACAUCUUUCUUUUUCAUUCAAUUUUUUUUCUUUUUUUCUGUUCUCUCUUUUCUUUCAUUCAGACUUUUUUCUUUUUAUCUUUUUUCUUUCUUUUUUUCAUUCAAUUUUUUUUUUUUUUUCUGUUCUCUUUUUCUUUCUUCAGUUUUUCUCUGUUUAUCACUUCUAGCAUAUCUUUCAAUUUUUUUUUUUUUUCAUUUUUUCUUUCAUUCAAUUUUUUUUUAUCACUUCUUACAUCUUUCUUUUUCAAUUUUUUUUUCUUUUUUCUGUUCUCUUUUUUCUUUCAUUCAGACUUUUUCUCUACUUUUCUCUGUUUAUCACUUCUAGCAUACAUCUUUCUUUUUCAUUCAAUUUUUUUCUUUUUUUCUGUUCUCUUUUUUCUUUCAUUCAGACUUUUUCUCUGUUUAUCACUUCUAGCAUACAUCUUUCUUUUUCAUUCAAUUUUUUUUCUUUUUUUCUGUUCUCUUUUUUCUUUCAUUCAGACUUUUUCUCUACUUUUUCUCUGUUUAUCACUUCUAGCAUACAUCUUUCUUUUUCAUUCAAUUUUUUUUCUUUUUUUCUGUUCUCUCUUUUCUUUCAUUCAGACUUUUUCUCUGUUUAUCACUUCUAGCAUACAUCUUUCUUUUUCAUUCAAUUUUUUUUCUUUUUUUCUGUUCUCUCUUUUCUUUCAUUCAGACUUUUUCUCUGUUUAUCACUUCUAUCAUACAUCUUUUUUUUCAUUCAAUUUUUUUUCUUUUUCUGUUCUCUUUUUCUUUCAUUCAGACUUUUUCUCAUACAUCUUUCUUUUCAUUCAAUUUUUUUCUUUUUUUCUGUUCUCUUUUUUCUUUCAUUCAGACUUUUCUCUGUUUAUCACUUCUAGCAUACAUCUUUCUUUUUUUCAUUCAAUUUUUUUCUUUUUUUCUGUUCUCUCUUUUCUUUCAUUCAGACUUUUUCUGUUUAUCACUUCUAGCAUACAUCUUUCUUUUUUCAUUCAAUUUUUUUUUUUUUUUUCUGUUCUCUUUUUUCUUCAUUCUGACUUUUCUCUGUUUAUCACUUCUAGCAUACAUCUUUCUUUUUUUCAUUCAAUUUUUUUUCUUUUUUUCUGUUCUCUUUUUUUUUUCAUUCAGACUUUUUCUCUACUUUUUCUCUGUUUAUCACUUCUAGCAUACAUCUUUCUUUUUUUCAUUCAAUUUUUUUUUUUUUUUUUCUGUUCUCUCUUUCUUUCAUUCAGACUUUUUCUCUGUUUAUCACUUCUAUCAUACAUCUUUCUUUUUCAUUCAAUUUUUUUUCUUUUUUUCUGUUCUCUCUUUUCUUUCAUUCAAUCGUUUUCUUUCUUUCUGUCAAUUGUUUUCUUUUUCCUUCCUUUAUUUUGCUCAUCUAUUAAACACUUUCUUUUGCUUUCUUUCAUUCAAUCUUUCUCUUUCUUUCUUUUGCUCUCCUAG